AUGCACCGCGGCGUGCCGGGCCCAGGCCUCAGAGGCCUGAAGGGGGCCGAGGGCCCCGCCGAGGACUUGGGGGCCUCUUGCCGGGAGGCCGGGAGGGAUUUUGGGGUGCUGAGGGAGAACGGCGAGGCCGAGGAGGCGGCGAGCGGCAGGAAACGCGCCCGGCCGGUGCGCUCCAAGGCGCGGCGCAUGGCGGCCAACGUGCGGGAGCGCAAGCGCAUCCUGGACUACAACGAGGCCUUCAACGCGCUGCGCAGGGCGCUGCGCCACGACCUGGGCGGCAAGAGGCUCUCCAAGAUCGCCACGCUGCGCAGGGCCAUCCACCGCAUCGCGGCGCUCUCCCUGGUCCUGCGCGCCAGCCCCGCGCCCCGCUGGCCCUGCGGGCACCUGGAGUGCCACGGCCAGGCCGCGCGCGCCGGGGGCGCCGGGGACGCGGGCUCCAGCCCGCCGCCGCCCGCCCCGCCGCCCGCCGGCCCCUUCGCGCCGCGCUGCGCCUCGUGCUCCCCGCACACGCACCCGGGACGGCCCCGGGCGGGGGCCGAGGCUCAGGGCGCGGCCCAGUCGUCCGCGGGAAGCUGGCGCCGCGGUCCCGGGGCUCCCUUCGCCUGGCCCCGGGGCCACCCGCGAGCGGGCCCCGGGUCGGGCUUCCAGCACGCCUGA